CAUGGUAAAUCCGUGUUUACAGUAUGAAAGAUGGUACGCAGGAGAGUGUGUGGACGCGAGGCCAACCAGGAGGAUUCGUCUGGAUCUUCGCUGCUGUUGUCGUUCCCGUCGACGGCUCCACACUGGUGCAGUUUGUGGGUGUAGUUGGUAACAACACUGAAGGUCUCUUGGCUGUGGACGACAUCUUCCUGAGGGCUGAAUCUUGCGACAACGUCUUGCCCACCGCCGAGCCCAACAGUAAUGCUUGUGACUUCGAGGAUAUAGACGUGUGUGGCUACACCAGUGAUGGAGGAUGGGCUCGUGUGUUCCCUCGUCUUGAUAACAACACCCACCACGUCCCUGUAGACCACACCUACAAUACUGGAUAUGGCCACUAUAUGGAGGCGGCGCUCUUUCCUGCCGAACAUGAAGGAGUGGUGGGUCUCCUCACUUCCCCAGAUAUCUCACAAUCCGAAGGUGUGCAACAGUGCGCCUCCUUCUGGUACGUCCACAAUGGCGCCACCAACAAAGACAGACUCACCGUCUACAGUGACAGUACUAGCGGGCCACUCUGGCAAGAAAACUGGAGCAACAUUGAUAUGUGGAUGUCCGCCUGGGUGCCAGUGCCUGGGGUAUGGGAGAGUGAGCACCACCUGAUGUGGGAGGCCUAUCAGGGCGUCAGGAACGACUACGCUUCCAUGGCCAUAGAUGACAUCCUCAUCACUCCACAACCUUGUGAUGACAUCGGUGAGUGGAGCACAUCUUUCAUAUUUCUCCUCAUAAUGGUCAAGUGCUAAUCUAUGCAUUAUUUUGGGUAACCGCAAAAGCGUAAUGUUAGAAUCUUCAAAUUUUGCCCUUUCCAUAACA